UAUAGCCACAAUAAAUCACGUCGACCAGUGCGCCUCUUCGAUCGCGUCAUUAUCGUUCGCACCAUCUACAUGGUUCCAGUCGGCAUCAAAGGCACUGUCAUUGGCGUACACCCUGUCACCGAUCCCAAUCCUGUUCGGCUAGAGUGCGUUCAUGCCAUCGACACCUUCUGUGAGGUUCUCUUCGACAAGUCCAUUCCCAACUGCAACGACAUCCACGGCAUAGCGGAGGAGCGUGUUUACAAGAUACCAGAAAAUGCUCUCAUUGUAAUUUGCUUAAAUGAAAAUGGACAGAAUCAGCAGUCAGAAAUUCAGAAAAGGCGACAGAGCUUUCAUCAUUCCAACCAAACGAACGCCCCUCGUAUAGAAAAAGCGAGAACAACAGAAUAUAAAGCUACAACGGCAGCAGCAGCACCAUUAGGUGACUAG